UUCCCCGUCGCGCCACAACAACACGGACACGCCGCAGCCGCCAUUAUUUUCGCCUCCUGUAGCAAACACCAUUUUCGUUUGUAGUAAAAACUAUUUUGAAUUUAUUUCGCUUCACUCGGGUCUCGUAACAUCGCAAACAUGUCGACUGAAUGGAAAUACGAUGUCAAUGAUUUAGUAUGGGCCAAAAUGAAAGGUUUCCCGCCGUGGCCCGGUCGUGUGAGUGAACCAACUGAUGCGUUAAAAAAAAUAGCUAAAAAAAAUUCUAAAUGCAUAUUUUUCUUUGGAAGUAAAAAUUUCGCAUGGAUUGAAAUUGGUUGUUUGAAACCAUAUUAUGAAUUUAAAGAAUCUCUUACCAUAAGUUGCAAAACGCCGACCUUCAAAGAAGCUUGUAAAGCCAUUGAACAAUAUAUUCAAGAUACAAAAGAUGGUAAGAAUAAUGGUAUACCAGAAUCAGUUAAUUUUGAAAAUUUGAUAAAAAGUGAUACUCCAAGUCAACCUGUAAAAAAGAGAAUUUCUACCAAUGCACGAAACUCAACAUCAAAUUCUUCUGUUAAGAAACGUAAAUCACAGAAUGAUUCUUCGUCUUUUGAUUCAGAUAGUACAAAAAGCAAACCAAAGAAAGAACGUUUAAAUUCCAGUCUCAACACUGGUUAUUUUGCUACUCAACUGGGAUUAACGACCAGUAAUAAUAUAAGUCCACUACGUAAAAACCAUUCACUAUUAGACAGACCUGCAAUCCAAGAGCCGGAAAGUGCACCAUUAGACGUGACCACAGUUUCCCGGUCAUUAAUGAACAAGAAUAUAUUGCCAUCGGAUUUGAAAUUUGGAUUCAUUGGUAUAGGUACUAUGGGAGCAGGAAUAGUUAAAAAUUUGUUAAAUUCUGGACACAAAGUGGUUAUUUGGAAUAGAACAACUGAAAAGAGCCAAAUGUUUCAAGAUGCAGGAGCUAUCAUUGCGUUGACCCCAUCUGAUGUGAUUGGAGGUUCAGAUAUAACUUUUUCAUGUGUGGCUGAUCCACAAGUGGCUAAAGACAUGGUAUUUGGUAACUGUGGAGUUCUUUCUGAAAUAACUCAAGAUAAAGGAUUUGUUGAAAUGAGUGGCAUUGAUCCAGAAACGUCUCAGGACAUUGGCGAGGCUAUUAUUAGUAAAGGAGGCCGAUAUUUGGAAGCUAUGUUACAAGGUAGUAAACCCGAAGCAGAAGAUGGAAGUUUAAUUUGUAUGGCUGCCGGAGACAAAACAUUAUAUGAUGAUUGCCACUCGGCGUUUUGUGCCAUCGCCAAACAUUCAAUAUAUUUGGGUGAAGUUGGUUCAGCUACCAAAAUGAACUUGAUUCUUCAUUCAAUCAAAGCAGUAGCACUAGCCGGACUGGCCGAAGGCAUGGCUUUAGCCGACAGAGCUGGAAUAUCUCAAAAAAAUUUGUUAGAAAUACUAGGAAUGACAUCGUUGAAAUGUUCCUUGCUAAUGGAAAAAGGAACAGCUAUGAUGGAAAACAAUUUCAAAACACAUCAAGCUCUAAAGCAUACGCAAAAGGACCUAAGUUUAUCAUUGAACUGGUCAGAUACUCUAGAACAACCGUGCCCAGUUACAGCAAGUGUUAACGAAGUAUUUAAACAUGCAAAGCGCCUUGGUUAUAGUGAUCAUGACUCUAGUGCAGUAUAUGUUAGAGCUAAAUUUUAAUAAUUUUUUUUUUUUUUACAACCUUUCCUCACUUUAUUUUAUAUUAUUUUUGACAAUUGACAGAACGAAUUAUAAAACAAAUUUUUUUUUUUUGUUAAAAGAAAAGUUUGAAAAUCAUUUUGUUUUUACACUCAAACGACUAUGUAUAUAUUUAAUAAUGUGAAUAUCAUUUUACCCCAAUCCUUUUAUUAUUAUUAUAAAUAAUUUAUUUAUACAAAAACACCAUUUUUCAAUGUCACCUGAAUGAUACUUUCAAGUUUUGAAACCAAA